GUCUAUGUUAUACUGGCAUCGCAGUACUCUUGUCACCGGUAGAUCAUAUGUAUAAAAAUGAGUUCGGAAAAAGACAAGUCCGAACUGGAUAAGUACAUCAAGUUUUUCUGUCUGAAGACGAUCGAACUCAUCUACAGUUGCAGACAGAAGAACACAGGUCCAGUGCUGCAGAACGUGGAUCCCAACUCCAGGCCUUGGUUCAAUAUCCAGACUCCAGAAGUGCCAGAGGUGGGCAAAGAAGCUAAGCGAGUACUUGAUAAGCAGCUACCUUCUCCUCAGAAGUCGCUCAUCAUCCAGACGUAUAUCCACCUUCCGCCUAACAACAAGACAGUGAUUGAAGCCUGGAAAAUAUCCAGCUCAGACGAAUGCGACAAAAAUGUGAAACUCAUCACUGGAGUAUAUGCAAAAUUAGCAACUUUACUCAAAAGCAUUCUCUGUGUCUCGCGUACUACGGCUGCUUACAAAUUCUGCCGAGAGAACAAAACGUUCAAAGUGGAGACUGAAUUUUAUUUUGGGGAGGUGUCUUCAGCCUUGCUGGAUGACGUAUGUGACAAACCGAGAAGAUUAGGCACUGUAGCCACCCCCUUUAGCUCCCUAUCUGUGACAGUAUUCUGUCGACAUAUCAAGCAAAUUGAGAAUUUGGUGUCGAAUCAAAGACAAAAGAGCUCUCUCGUGAACUCAGCGAACGAGCCUACAGUUCAAAAUCAACGAAAUUUAAGUGCGGCGGACAAAUUAGCUUCGGAUAGUUCAACUGAAUUUCAGCCUCCAAGAAAGGUUCCAGAGUAUCCUAUAACACCGGCGUUUGCAGUCCAAGCCGAAAAAAACAGCAAAGAUCUUUUAUUUGAAACACCCUUCGAGCAGUUUUUCGCUGAGACAUCUCACGAUUUUCUCAGACCAGAUCAAGAAAGUUUGAGAACAAACGAUAUUGUAUCUGCGCAGUCUAACGAAUAUUUGAAUCGUUUCAAGCAACAGCAACCGCCUUUCCUGACCAGAGUGGGAAGUGGUACAGGCUCGAACCGCUCAUCUGUUUCUUCGAGGAAGAACUCGAAUUCGCGUCCUGGGAGUCUAACUGAAAUGAGUCAGCCAGCUUUCAUCUCGCCGACUGAUUCGGUCUCAUCCCACCAGAAAACAGACUCGAAUUGUUCCUCGGCGGAUAACGAAACAGAUGUUAGUCAGUUCUUCAGAGUCGUCCAACAAGCGUCCUGUUUGAGAUCAAAUGAACCACAAGAAGGCCAAGUUAUCAGUCACAAUAUGCAGCUGGGAGAUUACGUCACAUCAUUUAAUGACAUCGGAGACGAACUGAAAAAACUUACGACCGUGUUGAAUGAUUGAUUUUUUCAUUGUAUAUAUUUUUCGUUAACAUUAAAUAAUGAUUUUAUGGACUUGCUGUCUGUCGUCUUCUGAUGUUUUGUUGGAUCGAGGUAUAUGCGAUGAGAAAAGUAGAAAAAAGGUAUGUGGAAUAAAAAGUUGUCCAAAAAAGACAAAUAUGUGGGGUAGAAAUGAAAUAUAAGAAAACAAGGGUCUAAUCCUCAGAAAAAAUGAAACCAUUUAAUUUUUUGGUUCGUGAUUAGCUCGAUUAAGGCAUGAGAAAAGUUUCUCGUAGGUGCAACAGUCACUUUAGGGGAGGAUCUAGGAUUUUUUCAGGGGGUUGGGUUGGCUGGAUUAUCAAAAUGUUUUCAAAAAAUUUAACGAAUUUGGAAAAUUUUGACCAAAAACUUUGAUUUCCGGCGCAGGAUCUCCCCUCAGUCUGUAUUGACGAAUUCAUAACCAUUUUAAGUUGCUUCAUUCUUGUCAGUACAAUUCCAGCAAAUCUCAUGAACACAUAAUUAUUGUUCGAGAGCAAUAAAUGCGGAUUAACUGUUUGGCCCUGCUCAUUCAGGGUCUUUAAAAUUUUAUUUUUUGCUCACGAUGCUUUUAAGAGUAAAAUCCAGUAGAUUAACAUUGUUGCUAAAGUCUAUUCAUAAUUAAUUGUUCUUAGUUU